AUGAAUAUAUCACUGCAGCCCAAACUUGCACAGAUAUAUUCGAACUGUGAUAUCAUCAAACCCAAAAAACGUCAGAGCAAGUUAUAUAAUCGUCAGGAUACGGUUGCUGGAUCCUUUCUCGUCCUGAGGUCGCACCUUCCUACAGCACGUUUAGGCACGAAGGCUAUACAACGACACCACCGAAGAUGCGUUUCCUCCUCGCUUUCUUGGCUGUGGGAGUCCUCGUGGGAGUCGUCCUGGCGAUUCCCGGACGCCGACUUAACAAGGGUCGCGACGGCAGGGGUGGGGGACCCGAGAAUAAUGCUGAUAACCGGCGCUAACCCGAGGCGCUGCCCUUCAGCCCCCCUUCAUUCCUUAGCGGCAAGUAAUUUCUGAAAAAAAGGUCUGAAAAAAGGACCUGCUUCGACUUUGAAUUUCGGUCUGGGACUUUCGAAGAGGAGGAGUAUUUUCAAAUGUCUCAUUCACUCGAAGAAAUGUUUAUUUUAAAAUGUUUAAAGGGAAAUCAAUUUCUAUGUUCAUUAUAGACAAGAAAUACGAUUUUGUUAUUCAGUUUUCCAUAAAAGAAAAUCGGUCUUUCCUCCUCACACAGGUGAGUAACCCACGCUCUGUUUCAUUGUUACCAAAGAGAAUGAAUGAGACCAGAGGUUUGUUUUUUUAAGACUGUAUUCAUAAAUGCUAAGUAUAAGACAUGUAUGUGUGUAAUAAUAGGAUUAAGUAUUUCGAGGCUUAGUGUAACUACUGUGUUUUUAACAUGUGAAACAAUGUUUACCAGUGCCUGUGCUAUAUAUCAAUAUGAUUAAGUCAAUGACACACACACACUAACA